ACAAGGCAUACUUUGUACAAAAUUUAUCAUAGUCUUGUAGAAAGGGUGAACAUUGGGUUACAGACUGUCACGCUGUCCUUCUUCCUUCUUCACCUUCCACCCCGAUGAAGAGGAUGGAGGAGGUGUCUCCUAGCAAGUCACAGGCACAGCCCCACCCUACCAUGGCCUUCCUCAAUGUGGCCCGCACCUACGUGCCCAACACCAAGGUCGAGUGCCACUACACCCUGCCCCCCAGCAUGAAGCCGUCAGCCCGCGACUGGAUCGGGAUAUUCAAGGUGGAGGCCUCGUCCGUGCGGGAUUACUACACCUUCGUGUGGUGCGUGGUGCCCGACGGAGGCGCGGAGGGGGCGCCCGUCCAUUCCAGUGUCCAGUUCCAUGCCAGCUACCUGCCCAAGCCAGGGGCCCAGCAGUACCAGUUCCGCUAUGUGGACCGCCGUGGCGAGGUGCGCGGCCAGAGCAGCCCCUUCCAGUUCAGCGAGCCCCGGCCCAUGGACGAGCUCGUCACGCUGGAGGAGGAUGACGAGGGCAACAUGGACAUGUUGCUGGUGGUGCCCAAGGCCACCCUGCUGCAGAACCAGCUGGAGGAGAGUCAGCAGGAGCACAGCAGGCUGCUGCGAGAGAAGCUGCGGCUGGAGGAGGAGGUGAAGGAGCUGCGGGCCCGGAUUGAGCAGCUGGAGGAGGCUCUGGGCACCAUGCGGGAUGAGCACACCAAGCUGGCGGAGCAGUACAAGGAUCUCUCGAGCUCCCAUGCAGCCGUGAUGGAGGAGCGGGACGCGCUGAGCCGGCAGCAGGCGGGACAGCUGGCCCGCAUCCAGGAGCUGGAGGAGGACGUUCAGGCCCUGAGCGAGAAGGUGCUGCAGAAGGAGGUGGAGUUGGACAGGAUGAAGGACACGGUGAAGUCCCUGGUGCGGGAGCAGGAGCAGAUCCACCACCAGCUCAAGGAGGAGAACGCCGAGAAGGAGCAUUACCAGGUCAAGCUGCAGGCCUCGGAGCAGGAGAGCCGGAACCUGGCCUGCGACCUGCUGCUGGCCAAGACCCGGCACAGCGAGAAGGUGUCGCAGGCCCUGGUGCUGCAGGAGGACAUCAGCAAGCUGCAGCAGAAGCUGGCAGCCGCACAGCAGAGGACGGCCCAGCUGGACGCGCUGUGUGAGCAGCUCCGCUCCACCCAGGACCUCCUUGCCGCCAGCCAGCAGAAAGUGGUGCUGCUGGGGGAGGAGUUGGCCAGCGCCUCCUCCAUCCGGGACCGGACCAUCUCGGACCUCCACAAGAGCCGGCUGGAGUCAGCCGAAACCAACAUCAAGCUGGCAGACAUGACCCUGAAAUGGAAGGAGGGGAAAGGCCAGUGGUGGAAGGAGAAGAGCAACCUGCUGCAGAGCAUAGAGGCGGAGAAGGACAAGAUCCUGAAGCUGAGCGCCGAGGUGCUGAAGCUGGAGAAGAACCUGCAGGAGGAGCGAGCCCAGAAGCAGGCGCUGAAAUCUGAAUUGUCCCACGAGAGGGACUCCAGCCUGGUGCAGCUGUCGGAGAGCAAGCGGGAGCUCAAGGAGCUGCGCGCGGCCCUGAAGGUGGCUGAGAAGGAGAAGGAGCAGCUCCAGGAGGAGAAACAGGAGCUGCUGGAGUACGCCCGCAAGCUGGAGGAACGGCUGGAGAAGGUGGCCGACGAGAAGUGGAGCGAGGUGACGGCGGCCGAGGAGGAGGAGGCAGCGGCCACAGCGCUGAGCUCCCUGGACUCCCCACUCUCGGAUUCGGAGGACGAGUCCCCCGAGGACAUGAGGAUCCACACCCAGCUCAGCCCCUACAGCCUGUGCGACAACCGGGCAGGCACCAAGACCCCGCCGUGCCUGCGGGAGCCCAUGCACAAGGUGGUGAUCAGCCAGCCCGCCCCCAUCACCACCCAGAUCAAGCAGCCCACCGAGGACAACAGCUCCGACUCAGAGGCGGAGGACGAGAAGGCCGUGCUGAUGGCGGCUGUGCGGAGCGGAGGGGAAGAGACCAGUCUGCUGCUGCCCGAGCUGGGCAGCGUCUUCUAUGAGAUGGCCAGCGGCAUCACCGGCCGCCAGCCGUCAGACCUGGGCCCUUGCGGGAUGGGUGCCUCCCCGCUGGACCUGCCCGCGUCCCCCGGCCUGUGGAAGGAGUGCCCCAUCUGCAAGGAGCGCUUCCCCCUGGAGUGCGACAAGGAGGCGCUGGAAGAGCACGUCGACAGCCACUUCUUCUUCAGCGCCCAGGACCCCUUCGCCUUCGAGUGACGCCCCC